GUGAAAGUAAGCAGGAGUUUGAGAGCCGCAGUCACGGAUUGUUCUGUCGGUGAGGAUCAGAUUGAAGUUUUUCCUGCAGGAUGAAGAUGCUGCUGCUCCUCUUACUCGUUUCCCAGCAUGCCUCAGGGGCAGAGGUGGAGGUGUUUGAGGGGGUGGAGUCUAUCCUGCUGCCCUGUCAGGUAUCAGCUGAUGUUUCCAGGGACUCCACAGCAGCAGUGUGGGACCGCAAGGACCUCAACAUCCCAACAGUCCACGUGCGUCUGCAGAGCGGUGAUGAUCGGGAACAACAAAACAAUCGUUACAGCGACCGAACAUCAAUGAGAGCUGACGCUCUGCAGACUGGAGACCUCAGCCUCACUCUGAGGAACCCUACAGUCUCUGACAGUGGAACCUACGCCUGCACCACCCGCAGGCUUGGACAAGAUCAGACCAAGAUCCAUGUGCAGCUGAAGGUCACAGAACCUCCUCCUCCAGCCUGGACUAAAGUUCUACCUGGUGUCCUGGUUCCUGUGGUUCUCCUGGCUGCUGGAUUUGGUGUCUUCAUGUAUUAUAGAUAUAAAAUUAUGAAGAGCAGAAAAGAUUAUCCAUUGGAGAUGGUGGAGGUGACACAGGAGGAGAAGUCUGUCCUGCUGCCCUUUAAAUUCACAGAAGAUCUUCCUCAGGACGUCAGAGUGGAGUGGAAACACAGGAACAUGAAGGUCCAUGAGUAUCAGAGCAACCCAAACCAACCUCUGCUACAGGACCAGGAUCACAGAGAUCGCACAGAGAUGAAUGAAGAUCCACUGAGAGCUAAAGACCUCAGUCUGACACUGAAAGACCCCCAACUUAGUGACCAUGGUGGCUACACCUGCACCGUCUACAACAAGGGUGGAGACAUCCUGCUACACAAAGUGGUGUCACUAAAUGUCACAGUUCCUGAGGUGCAGAUGGUGGAAACAGCUAAAGGGGUGCAGUCUGUCGUGCUGCCAUUUAAAGCUGAAGUCAGAAACCCUGAGGAUGUGACAGUGGAGUGGAAACACAAAGACAAGAAAGUCCACGAGUAUCAGAGAGGACAAAACCAGUCUCACAUACAAGGACGCUCAGAGAUGAACACAAACCCGCUGAGAACUGGAGACCUCAGUCUGACCCUGAAACACCUCCAACUUACUGACAGUGGAGUCUACACCUGCACCGUCUGCAACAAGGAUGGACUCAUGGUGCUACAGAAAUCAGUGACUCUCAGUGUCAGAGACUACCAGACAGGGGUGGUGGAGGUGACACAGGGCCAGAAGUCUGUCCUGAUACCGUUUAAAAUCACAGAUGAGCUUCCUCCAGAGGUCAAAGUGCAGUGGAGACUCACUCACCGUGAAGACAAGAUGUUCCUCUUGUAUGACAGCAGCCAGAAACAGCCUCUCUCACAGGAUCAGCAAGGAUGGACUCAUGGUGCUACAGAAAUCAGUGACUCUCAGUGUCAGAGGUGA